AUCUUCCCCGUCCACGACCGAUGCCCAAUUCUCAGUCUCGAAAUCACCACCGUCUCCAUCUUCCUCAUCCUCCAGUGGACCAUACUCGUAGCUCUUCCCUCCAAUUCCUCCCCGAUUACCACCACCACCGCCGCCGCCGCCGCUCCUCCGCCCUUUCUUCUCCACCGGCCGCUCCCUGGGGCCGAGAAAGUUCCUCGGGCACUCGUACGAGAGGUGUCCUUCCUCGCCGCACUCGUAGCACCUGCUCUUGUCCUUGUAUACCUUCUUCCGGAUGAACUCCGCCGCGCGGCCGUUGUCGGUGGCGAUCGAGGCAUGGUCCGGCCGUUGAGUAUCUUUCUGUCCAUACCAUUGGCGGCCUUGGCGGCGUCGUCGCGGCUGACGAAUAGGACGAAGGCCACGCCCUUGCUCCGGCGCGUGGCGCGGUCCUUGAGGACAGUGACCUUGGCGACCUUGCCGAAGGUGGAGAAUAUGGUGUGGAGAUCGGAAUUGACAGUCGAUUUGGAGGGGGCUAAUCCGCCGCUGCCCGAGCUUCCUCCGCUACCGCGGGAGGGUUUCGAUGUGGAUGGAGGCGGCGGCGGCGCGGCGGAGGAG